AUGGCCGCCACGAGGAGACUUCAAAAAGAACUAGCAGAUAUCCGUGAUUCUGGACUUAAGUCAUUCCGCGAUAUUCAAGUUGAUGAAACAAACAUAUUAGCUUGGCAAGGACUGAUUUUACCUGAAAAUCCCCCAUAUAAUAAAGGGGCAUUUAGAAUAGAAAUUAAUUUUCCUGCCGAGUACCCAUUUAAACCGCCCAAAAUCAAUUUCAAAACUAAAAUUUAUCAUCCCAACAUUGACGAAAAGGGCCAGGUUUGUUUGCCAAUCAUAAGCGCUGAAAAUUGGAAACCCGCCACCAAGGCUGAUCAAGUUAUUCAAGCUUUAAUAGCCCUAGUCAAUGAUCCUGAACCAGAACAUCCUCUACGUGCUGAGUUGGCAGAAGAAUACUUGAAAGAUCGUAAAAAGUUUUUUAAAAAUGCUGAAGAUUAUGCCAAAAAAUUUGGUGAAAAAAGACCAUCUGAUUAG